GAGAUAGACAGCCUCCUGAGGUGUCCAAUCUGUUAUGAUUUUAUACACACUGCAAUGAUUCUGCCUGAGUGUUCACACACAUUCUGUUCUUUCUGCAUUAGACAACAUUUAUCUCACACAAACAAGUGUCCGAUCUGUAAUAGUGGCGCUUGUGAGAAUAAUUUAAGAAACAACAGGCUGAUAGAUGAUGUGAUAUUACAAUUUAAAUCCAUCAGAUCCCAUUUACUUGAAAUAACAACAAAACAUUCAACUGAAAAGGGUGGUAGCCACUGGAAUUUGAACAAGAAAACAUUGCAAGAAACAAAGACUCAAAGUUUCCUUCCAAUUUCAAAAAAUAAUAUUGCUUCAAAAGACAGAGAUGUCAUUGACCUCAUAUCAGAAGAUGGAGAGGAAAGUGAAAAAGAUUUGGUGGAUCCAAAAUCUAAUGAGAAUAAGGAGAACAUCACUGAGGUGGAUCAAGGAUUUUGUACACCUAAAGCCAAGGCUGGUACACAACUCUGUGGUCUAAAGGAGGCGGGGGGACUCUCCACUCCCGAGACAAAGAGCCCAGCUAAUUUAAGCAUGUUUUCACCUUCACCAAGAAAAAUGGUUCCUUGCCCUGUUUGUGGAAUUUCUUUAAAAGAAUCUGCCAUGAAUGACCAUCUAGACAUUUGUCUUGGAGGAGAGGAGAAAAAGUCCGCACUAAGGAAGCAAACACCAAAAAGGAAACCAAUGGCCAAGUUAGUGUACAAUCUGAUGUCAGAGAGGGACAUCAAGAAAAAGAUGAAGGAAGUGGGACUCUCUACAGCAGGAGAUAAAAAAGCUUUGAUCAGAAGACACCAUGAUUUUGUGAUGCUGUAUAAUUCAGAAUGUGAUUCAUUAAAACCUCGAUCAG